AUGUCUACAAUAGCGGACGAGUAUGAGCCUCUCGAGGUCAUAGGUCGAGGGUCUUUCGGUACUGUCAGGAAGGUCCGGCAAAAAGACACAGGCGUUGUGCUUGUAAGAAAAGAAAUUGAAUACACUUCCAUGAACAAUCAAGAAAAAAAUCAUAUAAUCUCCGAACUACGUAUAUUAAGAGAACUUGAUCAUCCGCAUAUCGUGAAAUAUCUCCGCCAUGAUCACAUCCAGGAUAAGAAAGCAAUACACAUCUACCAGGAGUAUUGCGAUGGGGGAGAUCUAGGCAAGAUCAUAGGUAGAUUCAAGCGGGAUAAGGAAAGUAUCCCAGAAGAGUUCAUAUGGGAGGUGCUUGUGCAGACACUUUUGGCACUUCAUCGAUGCCACUAUGGCAUCGACGCCAAAAAAGUAAACUUGUUUGCAGGGGCUAAGAAGGAGAAUGAGCCCAUGGUUAAUUCGGAAACCGUUAUCAUACAUCGUGAUAUCAAGCCGGAAAACAUAUUUAUCAUGGAACCAAAAAAAACCAUCAAACUCGGCGAUUUUGGAUUGGCUAAGAUGCUUACUUCCCAAAACGAUUUUGCGAAAACGUACGUGGGAACUCCUUACUAUAUGUCCCCAGAGGUUUUAAUGGACAACCCAUACUCGCCAGUGUGUGAUAUAUGGUCUUUGGGCUGUGUUUUGUUCGAGCUAUGUAACCUCCAUCCACCUUUCCAAGCGAAAACACAUCUACAGCUACAAGCUAAAAUUCGGAGUGGCGAAAUCCCCGAAAUUUCACCUGUAUAUUCUUUGCAUCUCAGGAAUAUCAUUAAUGAAAGUAUUACUGUCGAUGCAGAGUCGAGACCCACGUGCUACGAGCUUUUGAAUUCUAUAUCUGUGCGAAUGUUCCGGAAAGAAAUGGAGCUCAAAAAUCUCACCGACACUCUCAAUGCUUUUCAAAAACAGUUGGUGAUUAAGAGCAACGAAUUGAAAAAACGUGAGUCUGCUUUGAAGACCCUCGAGGUCAGAGAAACCGCAAAAAAACAAUUAGAAGAAGAUGUUAUUAUGUCACAAAGGAAACUUCAGAAGCAAAGGGAGGAGUUGGAGAAUGAAUUGAGGGACGAUUUCGAGAUGCGGAAAAAAGCGAUGGAUCAAGAAGGUAAAGAGAUGCGGCUCUAUUAUCAAAAAGAGUUCAAGCAUGUGGUUGAACAAGAAGUGCAAGCUCGAUUAUCUGAGAUCCUACGAAAGAAAAUGUCUUCUGGCGACACUGAGGGAGAGUUGCGAAGGAAAAAGUCGGAUUCUUCCUCGACGUCGUUUGAAUUGCCCUUGAGAACACAUCUGCCCAAUAAGCCAAAAGGGCCACGAGAGUUUAUUGAGGAGUCUCCAAAAGCGAUGUAUCAGCAUCAGUACCAGGCACAUUCGGGCCAGCUUCAAAAUCCACAUCAGUAUCAAUUCCAAUACCGAGCCCAACAACACGCCGCAAAUUCGCAUCAUGUGACACAACAGCACAGAUCACCGCUCCAAAUCAGAAACGUGGAAGUCGAGUCUCUACCUGUCAGGCCAACUGAGACUAGUGGAAGAAAGCGCCUCACGGACGAAUUCGAGAGAAUUAAUCUACAAAAGCGCAAUACGCCAGAAUUCGAAGAACAAUACAUGAGACAAAAUUACAGAUAUUAG